CGCUAGUUGACCGUUACGCUUUCUACAAUGAUAAAAACACGGAAGAUCUCUGGUAUAGCCUGGGUUUGUACUAAUUGCAGCUUCAUGCAUCCGGAACUGCAAACCAAAACAUCAGAUUUGGUGUGAACAGAAUGGAGGUCCGCUUCACGCGAGGCAAAUCUGCAAUACUGGAGCGCUCGCUCACGCGUCCCAAGACGGAGGUGAACCUGAGCGCGUUCGCGUUGCUCUUUUCAGAGAUGGUCCAGUAUUGCCAGAGUCGCGUGUACUCGGUAUCUGAGCUCCAGGCCCGGCUGGCUGACAUGGGUCAAGGCGUUGGAGCCAGUCUUCUGGAUGUUCUUGUGAUGAGAGAGAAAAAUGGAAAAAGGGAGACCAAAGUAUUAAACAUACUUCUCUUUAUUAAGGUAAAUGUAUGGAAAGCAUUGUUCGGCAAGGAAGCCGACAAACUGGAACAAGCCAAUGAUGAUGACAAAACGUACUACAUCAUUGAAAAGGAACCACUGAUAAACACCUACAUAUCUGUACCUAAAGAGAAUAGCACAUUAAACUGUGCAGCCUUCACCGGGGGCAUCGUGGAGGCAAUCCUAACCCACAGCGGCUUCCCGGCCAAAGUUACUGUUCACUGGCAUAAGGGGACCACACUUAUGAUUAAGUUUGACGAGGCAGUGAUUGCUCGUGAUAAAGCUCUUGAUGGCAGAUAAAUAUAUUGUUGAGCAAGUCAGGGUUAAGUUUCAAGUUUUACCCUUUUUGACUUGUCUAUAGUCUGUCCAUGGCCCCGUUUUCAUAAUGAUGUUACAAAAUAGACUUUAUGGUAGGGAUAUUACCACAGAAUGCAUGAAGAUCAUUAUUUAAAUUAUUAUUAUUAUUAUUUUUACACAAGUACCAUACCAACAUGUUAAUAAAUUGUAAUUAAUAAUAAAUGUAAUGGUAUUGAAUAGAAUGUUAUGUUUGAGUCCUAGUCGAGUCGUUGACAUGAGUAUCAAGGGUGCAUAUGCAUGUUAUUACACUGACAUUGUGUGGGAAAACAUUUACCUUUAAGUUGCCCCAGUACAUCUCAAAGUUAAUAGAGUUGUGCGAGUAGGAAAAAAACUUUUAUCUGUACUGGCAGAGGUUCAGGUGAUCAUGGAUCUAAGCAGAGAAGUAUCCAGUCAAGACCAUAGUUUCAGUACAAUAGAUGGUGAAUGACAUCACACGUACAUCACCCAGACGUCUAUUUGAAGUGUGUGUUUACAUCUGGAAGACAUAUUUUUUGGGUUGUUUCAAUAUGUCUAUAAGACGUUUCCUCUCGGAUGUCAAUAAGGCAUUCAGCAGAUGCCUUUGAGACAUUUAUGUUGGUAAUUCUUAUCUUUUUAAGAUGUUUAGCAGAUGUUAAUUAGAUUCUGAUGCUUUCCAGAUGAAAAGAUCUAAAACAGACAUCUCUGGGACGUAUGUGAGCUAUCUGGGCUGGGGGAUUAAACUUUUUUAUUGUAUUAUUUUUUUCUUUGGCAUUAUAAAUUAUUACAUUUAUUAUUUUAUUGUUAUUUGCUCAUUUUUGUAUUUUCUGAUUGGUUGUUCUACAUUUGUGUAAAUGUUGAGGAAUGGUUAGUUUGUACAUUUGAAAAGUUCCUUCCAUCUUUCAUCCUUUGUAAAUUGUUAGAGGAGGUGGGGAAAUACUGUUCCUUACAAACCAUGGUAACCAUAUGAUAACUAGCAUUUCUGUCACAAGUUUCUACAGUUAUUGUUUAUACUUGGAAAUUAUAAUAAAUUAAAUGUCCUCUG